AUGCCGUGAGUGUCCCUCCUGCCUCCGCUCUGCCCAGCCCCGAGGCUGCUCCAGCCCAGCAUCAGGUGCAUGGCUGCUUCUCACCUUCUGCUCUCUUUUCCCCUUGCCCAGGCCACGACGCUGCACGCCAGCAGCCUGCAGAGGCUGGUCCAGGGCCAGGCACAGGUGCGGAUCGCGCGGAUCGCACGGCUCGGGGUGCCAGCUCGGCCGUCCCCACCUCUCACGCAGGGCCAGGGGCCGAGGCAGCUCGCCGGGGAGGCCCCGGCGGGGGGGCCCUUUCUGCUGCGGGGCCGCUCGCUGAGCGCAGCGCCUUUCUUGCAGGCUGGUGCAGAGCAGCGGCCACCUCCCGUCCCCUCCGGCGGCAGCAGCGAACGUGGCCUUGGCCCCUCGGCUGCAGGCGGGACCCGCAGGAGGAGGAGGGGGCUGCCCUGGCCCUUCGCACGGCGGCGAGGCAGCUCGGCCGCUGCAGAGGCAGCCGGGCAGUCGGGCUCUGGCGGCAGGGGGGCUCUCUUCGGCCAGCCCCUGGCAGCUCUCUGCAGCCAGGACGGCACGCUGCCCCAGCCCAUCCAGGACCUGCUGGCUCUCCUGGCCGAGCACGGGCCAUCCACGGAGGGGAUCUUCCGGCUGGCGGUCAAGGAGCACGUCUCCCGGGAGCUGAGGGAGGCCCUCGACAGCGGAGCAGAGGUCCACCUUGAAAGCCAGCCUGUGCACGUGCUGGCCGUCCUCCUGAAGGACUUCCUGCGGAAGAUCCCCUCUAAGCUCCUCGGGGCAGAGCUGUACGAGGAGUGGAUGAGCGCCCUGCAGAAGACCAGCAGGCAGGAGAAGCUGGCAGCACUCAGGGAGGUGGCCGGCAAGUUGCCCCAGGCCAACCUCCUGCUCCUCAAGAGCUUGCUGUCCCUGCUGCAAAGGAUCAGCAGAAACGCGGCCAGCAGCAGGAUGACUGCCGGCAACCUGGCCAUCUGCGUGGGGCCGAACCUGCUCAGCCCACCCGAGGAGCAGACGCUGCCCCUGGACGCCCUGGUGCAGGUGACGGGGCAGGUGCCUCCAGUCACUGUAGAAAGCCAACACCUGAAGAGCUCCUCUGGGGAGAGAAGGGAGCUUGCAGAGACUACUGAAGAAAUGUCUUAUACGGCAUGUGAUUCUUGUAUACCUUAAUGGUUCAUCAGACUAUUCUUCUGAGCAAAAAAGUGUUCUGUCAAUUGAAAACCUACCACACCCUCAUGCUGUCACCCUUUUUACUCAGCUGGAUGGUCUAGAGGAGCUUCGGAGAGUGCGAUCACGACUCAUUAUUUUUCCAGAACGUUCACCAGCAAUAUGAAGUCUAAUGAAUAAUAUAUGUUAUAACUGUCAAAAUAACUGAACAAAGGACACUUGGGAGGUUUUGAUGCAUUUUUUUCACAUACCAAUUUGCAACUUUCAAAAAUUUGCAUUGUUUUUUUCAGCCAAUAGGGCCAAUUAGUGAGUUUCUACUGUAAGUAGCUAUGUACAGAAUAGAGGAGGUCAGUAUGAUGUAAUGUUGUGCUGUCACUCAUAAACUAGUUGAAGGAUAAUCUAACUCUUCACGACAUCAAGGGGACUUUGGAGGAGUGAUAUCCUUGAAUUAACUCACUUUUACCCAUUUUCUUCAAUGGUGUGAUAGGACUGCUGUGGGGUUUUCUUCAAAAGGUUCUCAGAAUUGGUAUCAUCAGAGGCAUUUUGAUGGCAGUAGAUGACCAUUUGUGCUGUCAGCUAGAGAGUGAACAGAAGCUGAAUUUCUCCAAGAUGUUUCGCUUUUCCUUUUAAACGGUAUGUAAAUACACAGUCUGUAGGAAGCUGAGACACUUUUCCCCAAAAGCUUAGAAUCAAUUUAAUGUUAAUGAGUCACUGUACUGACAAGUAUUGGUAGAGAUGACCUAAGAUACCUUGUGCACAUCCUUUCAAAAGCAGUCACUACAUAUUCGGACCGUCUUUGAAUACUGCUUUCUCAUUUGACAUGAAAAAUACUUUAGAGCCGCAUAUCCCUUUUGAGCUGCAGAUCGAGUGCCUUGUGAUCCAGCAGGCUGGAAGCAGCGGUGCUGCUCUAUUUACACUUGUGAUCAUUGGCAAGAAUUACAUCAACUGCAUUAUGUGACACUCUGCAAACGCACCUUUUCCCAAGCUGUCAGCCAACUGCAGCUGGUUUAUUCCAAACCCCAGUGUGCUGUUGCUACCAGGAGCGUAACACUCAUUAAAAAGGCUCCUGUCACUGCACUUUUACUAUUACCCAGUACCGCACGCUGUAAAAAGGCACAUAUUGUUUUCCAGACUUUCCUGUAAGUACGUAGGUAGUGAAAUGGACUGCAUUCGUUUGAAGUUAUUUUCUCCAGGUUGGAGAAAACUGAUAGCAAACUCUAAAAUUAUUUCCCUACUGCAUUCGCAUACAAGCAUAUUUAUGGGGACACAUAUCACUACUGAAAUGUUGGCCUUUUGUGCUGAUCUUACUAUGCUAGAAAGAAUGUGUCUAUGUAGCUGCAUCACACAGGCAAGCUGUGAGUUUUCCCCUGUUUGACCGGACAGGUGUGCUGGAAUGAUGGUACACCUCUUACGUGUUAACUAUACUGCGAUAUCACUCCUUAGCCUGACAGUGCUCAGAAGCAAUUUGCUUUGAGCCCGAUGAAAAACAAAACCAACAACAACAACAAUAAAAAUCAUAAAAGCUGAAGUCCUGAAGAGCCUCCAAGGUAAAUUUAUGCAGGUUUUAAUGGCAGAUAAGAACAAGCAAAAUGGAAGCAGUGAACAAUGGUCUGUAAUGCAGUUUACAUAAACAGGGUGGUUACAUAGAAAAACAUUGUAUUACAUUGGCAGUUUUGGUGUAUAAAUAUGUAUGUAAUAUAGAGACACAAGCU